UUUUUUUUUCUCCAUCCUACGUACUUUACCGGAUCGCAGCCGCUGACUAUUCCUGGGAUCUUCCUAUACCUCUGCCACCAAGAUACAUCCGCUUUACCGUAUAGACAAGCAGAACAUGGCCGCCACUCUCGAAGAAACCAUGGUCAGCUACGAGGAGCUGGCUGACCUCGAGCAGGAGUUUGACGACGUCGAGACCGAAAUCAUUCGCCAGCAGUAUGCCCUCUCCAAGCCGCUGUACGCCAAGCGCGCCGAGCUGGUGUCCAAGAUCCCCAACUUCUGGCCGCUCGUGCUCGAGCAGGCGCCCAUGGACAUCGACGAGUACAUCCAGCCAUCUGACUCGGCGGUGCUCCUUUCGUCGCUCAAGUCGCUCUCGGUCCGCCGCUUUGAACUCGACGAGGACGAGAAGAACGGCGACCCGCGCAGCGUGGCUAUCCGCUUCGAGUUUGCCGAGAACGAGCACUUUGAGGACACCGUGCUGGAGAAGAAGUUUUGGUGGCGCUACAGCAAGGACGGCUUCGCGGGCCUGGUCAGCGAGCCCGUCGAGAUCCGGUGGAAGAAGGGCAAGGACCUGACCGACGGGCUGCUCGGCCUCGUCAAGGCCGUCUAUGACGAGCAGAUGGCCAAGCCUAAGCAGGAGGCCAAGGACGAGAGGAGCAAAAAGGUCGAGCUGACCGAGAAGCAGAAGGCUCUCAAGGAGAAAAUGGAAAAUACUGGCAUGGGCGGCGUCAGCUUCUUUGCGUGGUUUGGCUACAUUGGCGAGUACGUCACUGCCGAGGAGAGCAAGGCGGCGGUUGAGGAAGAGAGGGAGGAGCGGAGGAAGCGGAAGGCUGGCGAGGAGGUGGCCAAGAAGAAGGAUGAGGACGAGGACGAGGAGAUGGAGGACGACAAGGAGGAGGAUGAUGAUGAUGAGGACGACGACUUGGAGAUCUUCCCUACCGGUGACCAGCUCGCCAUGGCCAUUGCCGACGACCUGUGGCCCGCGGCGCUGAAGUACUUUAUCCAAGCUCAGGAAGAUGAUUUGAGCGAGGGUUCUCACGACUGGGAAGAUGAUGAGGAGGACGACGAGGAGGAGGAGGAGGGUACCGAGCGGCCCCAGAAGAAGCAGAAGGCCUGCGAGCAUGGUUGCAAGCACUGAGUUGGCCUUGUCCAGUCUUGUCACGAUCAGGUCUGCGAUACCCCAUAAAUCCUUAUGAUUUGGGCAUUAAGUUGCUAUAAUGACGGAUAGAUAAAAGGAGCUUUUCUUGCUGGAUAGAAACGAGCUUUCCUCAUCAUAAAACUGCUCUGCGUCCC